GCUUGGCAAACAUUUCCAAAGCUUUGAGGAUUGGCUGACGCUCCGGGCGCCGCGGCUAGUUGGCGGGUAGGAUCACGUACAAGGGGCGGGCCUCGUACAGGCCCCGCCUUCUUGCUGCUGCCGUCGUCAAUCCCGGUCUGGUCUUGUGCGUUCCCGGAGGUCCCUCGCGGGACAGCUCUCACCGCCACCGGCUCUUACUUUCUGGCUUCCAAACCCGGGGCGAUGUCUCCCCAGGUUAAAUUACCCUAGCUCCUGCUCCAGAUCGCCUCCCUUCUGCUCCGCCAGAACCCAGUAGUUCAAAAAUUGGAUCUGGGACAAGAGGGGCACGCCAGAGCGCAGCUGUUUCUGGAGCCUGCGGCAGCGGUGGCAAGCCACCCGGUGACGACCGUGAGCGCCAGGCGAUGCUCAGACACCUGGAGACCCUGCCCGAGGAUGCGGCCAAGGCCUUGGGGAAAGGAAGCCAGCCCCCAGGGCCAGUCCCAGAGGGCCUGAUCCGCAUCUACAGCAUGAGGUUCUGCCCCUGUUCUCACAGGACCCGCCUCGUCCUCCAAGCCAAAGGCAUCAGACAUGAAGUUGUCAACAUUAACCUGAAAAACAAGCCUGAAUGGUACUACACAAAGCACCCUUUUGGCCAAAUUCCUGUCCUGGAGACCAGCCAAUGUCAACUGAUCUAUGGCUCUGUUAUCACUUGUGAGUACCUGGAUGACGCUUAUCCAGGAAGGAAGCUGUUUCCAUAUGACCCUUAUCAACGAGCUUGGCAAAAGAUGUUAUUGGAGCUAUUUCAUAAGGUCCCACAAUUAACCAAGAACUGCCUGGUAGCGUUGAGAUGUGGGAGAGAAUGCACUGGCCUGAAGGCAGCCCUGCGUCAGGAAUUCUGCAACCUGGAAGAGAUUCUUGAGUAUCAGAACACCACCUUCUUUGGUGGAGCCUGUAUAUCCAUGAUUGAUUACCUCCUCUGGCCCUGGUUUGAGCGGCUGGAUGUGUAUGGGAUAGCGGACUGCCUGAGCCACACGCCAGCCCUGCGGCUCUGGGUAUCAGCCAUGAAGCGGGACCCCACAGUCUGUGCCCUUCUCACGGAUAAAUUGACACCCUUCAAAAACCUCCCUGGUAAAAGCUUAAGAAGAAGGAGAAGGAAGAAGAAAACACUCCAAACCCAAAUACCUUCCAUUUGGCAAAUGAAUGCUUCUGUCCACGUGGGUGAGAAUGAGUAUAAUUCUCCAAACUUUGGCCAUGGGCCUGGAGACACCAAAGUUCUUGUGACUGGAAAUAAUUCCAAAGCAGGAAAUGAAACACCGAUUUAUCACCCAGGACUAACUACGUCAGAAUUUCACUGGUGCUGUCAGGGCUCAGGAUGUCUCACAAAAUGUUCUAUGGCCAGCAUCCUGCCUUAAAAAAAUACACACGCCCCAAACCCAGCCACAAGCAAAGGUCAUUCCAUUGGAUUUGCGUCACACUCUCUUCCAAUUCAACAAAUGCUUCUGGUUACGUGUUGUGUACCAAGCCCAGGGGCACGUUGGGGCUAAAGUUGAAAAAGACACUGGCUCUGUCCCUGGGAGACCCCAUCUCUCCACUUAUCUUGGUUGAGGUUUUAAACCCAGUGCUUUGGAGCUGCUUAUCUGGUGUGGGGAUGCUUGUCUCCGAUGUGACCCCUCUGUCAUCUUGGCUGAAGACAGCACCCCACUGAAGACAGCAAAGAGCUGAGGAUGGCUGGUGCCGACAGGUGCCUUGGGCUGGGAGCAUCGGGGGACCAAGUUUGUCCAAUGCCUUUUCAUCUUAGUGUCUGAGGAUCAGCCUGUGAUCAUUUCAGCUUUGCUCAUGCUGGAUCCUUUCCCCUCCUUCUAGCUGUGCUGAGACACCAGGCAGCAACAGGAGCGAUGUUUUGCGUUGUCUGUGCCCCCUAAGGAGCUGUCUGCCGCCUCUGCCUCUGCAGAAGACAGCCCAAACCAGCCCUCUCUCCCCACAUCUCAGCCUGGCCCUGCCAUCUGCUGGCUCUGGGUAUAUUUUGACCCACGUAAAUAGUUACCAGGUGUUACUCUGUGCCAGCUGGGCAGAAGCAAGCCAGCUUGGUGAGAUGGCCAGACCUUCCAGAAGAGGCACCGCAUGACGGCGGCAGUCUGCCGUACCAUCUGCUCCGGAUGUGGAGCCCUGUUGCCAUGGCAUCCGAGUUAAUGCUGAGUGAGGUCUGUGAAUCACUGUUUCCUUGGGAUCUUUGCUCAAGAAGAGAGGAAUCUUCUCCUGUGGCCUCUCAUAGGACUUAGGGGAUUGAUCAGCCUUUUGCCGGUACAAAUCCUGCGUGCUAGUGAGUGCUUGGUGUAAGACCAAAGUUACUACUGAUGCAACAGGAAAUGGCAUGUCUGGCUCACUAAGAUGAAGGUGUUCUCUUUUGGGGCUCCACACACUAAUUUAGAAAGCUUGAAGAACCAGGAGUUAUAGAAUGGAGAACAGCACUCAUGGGGGAAUUUGCAGCCUGGUGGCCUAUAUAGCCCAGUUUGGGAUUUGAGUGCCUCUUGGCCAGCCAUGCUCCCUGCAGUUUACCAGGGUCUUGGUCACCUGCAUGUAAUUACACUUCCUCCAUCUCACUUCUUUGUCAAUCGUCUGACCCACAGAGAAAACUGAGUUUUGAAAGAUUAAUUCCAAAAUUAAUCUUUGAAUAAAACUAGAAGGAUGUGGCCAGGAGCAAAGAGGGAAGGAGGUAAUUAACACUCCAUGAAGAACUUU